UUGCCGGCUUUUUUUGAAAUCCGGGCGUCAAAAAUACCAAAAGCGGGUCUUGGUGUAUUUUCCAAAGUUGAUGUGCCAAUUGGUCUUGUUUUUGGACCUUAUCAAGGAUUGUUACUUACGGAUUCCAAAGAGGCAGAUCAGCAAGGGUAUUCAUGGGAGCUUCGUUUAGAAGGGAAGCCUUCUAAAUAUGUUGAUGGCAGUAAUCGAUAUUAUGCGAAUUGGAUGCGCUUUAUCAAUAGUUCGAGAUUUGAAAGUGAACAGAACUUGAUAGCUUUCCAAUAUAACGGCAGUGUUUAUUAUCGAGUAUUCCGUCCUAUCAACGAAGGAGAUGAGCUUUUAGUUUGGUACGGUAAGAAAUACGGAGAAAGUCUGGGUGUUUUAAGCGUUACUCAGAAAUCGAAGAAACCAAUUUUACCCAUUUCGAAGAAUCCAUUUGUUCUUUGA